UAGGGUGGAAGUUUUUACUGUUGGGUUGUCAGCUGGUGAAGCCAGUGAAUGUGACAUGACAAAAAGCUAGUAUUGUCAAGCAAAGUUUGUUGUGACGGAAUGAUCAGCAAUGUAAUCCAUGGCACUGGUUAUGUUGGAAGUUGAUACAAGGGAUCUUCAAAAAGUGAGACACAUUAUUAUGGCAGGCCAAGUAACUUUUAUUGAAUGCUGUGCCACACUUCAAAUUGACAGAUGCAGGAGACAUUACUUUUAAACAUAGUCACCAAGCCUUUGUGAACAAUGGUUGUAAUGCUCUACCAGUUGCUUAGUUCCUUGAUGAUAGAAAUUUGUUCAUUGGGCAUGAAACCAUUUCAGAACUGUUGUGUGAAUGUCCUCAUCAUUGGAAAAAUCUGGGAUUACUAUGAAUCAGUUCCUUGAUUGCCUGGAUACCUGUUAUGUGUACUGUAGCAGAACUGUCUUUGCAGGAAACCAAGGGCAUGUACUCUUCUGACAUUACGCCUGACAUGUACUCGGACAUUGCACCUCUCUUUGUUAUCAAUGGUCUUAAUAGACAACAUGUGUUAUUUAGAUUUUGAAGGCCCUCAAAGUGGGGUUGAGAGAUGGUGACGGCAACAAAUGUAUCAUGACACACUUUCUCUUUUUGUCUACAUUCUUCCUUAUCAUAUUUACAUUAAUGUUCCUAAUGGGAACCUCUGGGACGCGAUAUUUUAAAGAUUUUAAUAUGUUUGAAGGUUUUAAUUAACCUUUCAAAAACUCCUAUUGCUUUGAAACUCCUGGUACUUUGUUGGCUUCUGCGUUGCAAAUAUUUUCUUGUUAGUUAUGUCCUCCAGUAGUUGUUUCAUGGGACGUCUCUGCCUUGUUAACCACAUCAUCGAUAUGUUGGUGAGGUACUGUGUUUUAACUAAACCCCCAAGUAUUGUGCUGUAUUGUAUAUUUAUCAGUCCUGUUGUCUACAAGAGCAGUUUAUUCAAAAGAAAUUGGACAAGUCAGAUGUUAGAUGCACGCAGAUAUCAUCAAUGGAUGCAAUCUGAAGAGCUUCAGCAUCUCACUGCCUCUGAACCAUUAACACUCGAAGAAGAAUAUUCAAUGCAACAAAGCUGGCUUCAUGAUGCCAACAAAUGCACAUUCAUCAUCAUUAAAAAACAAGAAUUUAAAAGAAGUGGCAAUGAAAUUGGUUCCAUGGUGGGAGAUACAAAUCUGUUUCUUCAAGAACCUGAAGACAGUCAGUCAGCAGAAAUUGAAAUAAUGAUUGCUGAAGAAAAAGCCAGAGGCAAGAAAUAUGGCUGGGAAGCAACUUUAUUGAUGCUGUGUUAUGGGUGUGAAGUCCUUGGAAUUAAAAAGUUCCAAGCCAAAAUUGGUCUGGACAAUGUUAAAAGCAUAUCCAUGUUCUCCAAGAUGGGAUUUAAUAAACUGCUUGGUUUCAGGUUAGUGAAAGUAACAUCUUUCAAGAAGUUACCAUGGAAAGGAUAGUUGACAAUGGCUGGAAGAGCUGGCUCCUGGAACAAACACAAGGCUCAGAACAAGUGAAAGAUUGUUAUCUAUCUUUGUCCCAAUAGUUGCAUGUGGAUAGUGACUGAAAACAUGUUAAAACUGCAGUGUUGCCUCAAAAUUGUUGAUUUACAAUAUUUGUUGCUUUUACAAUUAAGAAAUGGGAAGCACAGGUGAGAGUUACAUUUGCAUCACUGAAGUAAAAACUUUUUAAAAAUAUUUUAUUGUAUACUGUAUAAGAUAACAAAAGUAUUUUAAUGUAAACUAUAUAAACUAUGUAAUAGAAAUAAAUGACAAAAAUAUAUUUCAUGAUUUGUUCAGCUCUUAGAGGAAUGUGGACAACACUCAUGACACAGAGUAAUAUAUACUUUUCACAAAAAAUACUUGUUACACAUACAAACAGUACUAAUUUUUUCCAGACUUUUAAAAAAAUACAAGGGCUUCUGAAAUUAAAAUUAUAUGACUUAUGUACAAGGUAACUGUAAAAAAUUCAUUUAAAAACAAAAUAUAGACCUGGUGGUUUACAAGAGCACAAUAAUAUAUGUUAAAUCCACUCUUUCAGAAUAGCACAUAUACAAAUUGAUAGGCCUUUGUUGCAUCUCCUCUCUCUCUCUCUCUCUCUCUCUCUCUCUCACACACACACACACACACACACACACACACACACACAGAUAUUCUUAAUUAACACCUUAAACUCAACAGCCACAUUAAAAUUAAUUAAUUGUACAGUAUCUGAUAUUUAGACCUACAAAAUAGUAUUAUAUUGCACCAAGAUAUUCUUUUGAUGUCAAAAAUCUCUAUUUAUAAUACACUGGCAAGAACUGGGGUAACUAUUCUUUGUCUAGGGCUAUUCAUUACAACAGCAAAAAAUGAAAUAAUAGUUGUUCUUGGAAAUGUUUGGAGAGGAACCAAGAAUCCUGAUCCACUAACUUUUUUACUCAUAAGUAAUUGAAACUGACACAUGACAAAUUAAUAUGAUGUGAUUUUUAUAGGCACUGAACGUUACAGCAAGAAUCUUCAUUGGUAGAAGAUGUCACUAAUGUCAAUAUUUCACAGGUACAAUGAUACUUAGUUCUACAACAGUACAUAAAAAGCAAAUAUAAUUAAUAACAGCAAAAAAAUAAAAAAUGUAAUUACCUGAAAUUUGAAACAUGGUACUUGUGUACUUGGUUUUAGUGUCCAACCAUCUCUCAAGAAGUCAAUGAAUUUAACUCAUAUGUUGCAUUAUUGAAUAGAUAGUAAGCAUCUACCUUAUAAUUCAAGUGUAAGACAAUGUUAUAAGGAACAUUAUCUUCAUCUGUAAUAACUUUUACAUAUGUAGCUGGUAUACAUGUAUUUAUAGAACAAACCCAAGGUUAAAGGAUUCUUAAGAGAUGAUGUAUUCUUCUCCACAAUGAGAAUGAUUCAAGCUUAUGGAAGGAAAAGCCAAUGGAAAAUCCAGGAUAGAAUAUUGUCAAUGAAGAACUUGUAUGUUCACGCUGUGUCCCCCCCCCCCCCCCCCCUCUUUCUGUUUGAAUAACAAAACACACAAUUCAGAGCAAGGAUACAGAAAGCACACCUCUAAAACUCUGGUGCACUUCGUAAUAUACAAUCACACCAAUAAAGAAAUGGGAAAAAAUUGACACAUCUCAAAGGAAAGAAGACAUCAAUGAAGUGGUGAUAAAAAAUCAUUACCAUAGUGUAAUAGUAGCCGAAAACAUUCGACAUUGUAUAACUAUUCAUGCGAAACUGAAAUAAAAGUAGCAGUUCACUAGCUUACCAUAGUGCAAUCUCAAAUCAUUUUCAUUGUGAUGAUGAUGACAACAACAAUGACUAUUAUUAUUAUUAUUAUUAGCAGUAGUAGUAGAAGCAAUAUAUGCUUACAUCGGUAACCCUACUUAACAAGAAAUUAGAAACAAAUGAAACUACAGUCUUUGGCUUCUGAUACAUGUGUGUCUGUGUGUAACACAUUCACUAUCAAUGUACAAUAUACAAGGUGAACCAAAAUUUGCGUAAUUGGAUACUACAGGACAAUUCCUUGCAUUCUAACAAUGCAAAAAGGUAUCUAACAAAAUUUCAUCCCACCCAUAUUUUCAGUAGAAAAUGGAUGGCAAUUUGGCAACACUGCAAUCACAUCUAUGAAAAGUAUAUUCAUUCAGUACUAAGUAACUAGGCUGCCUAGUUACUACAUUAGAAUACCCAAGUUCAAGAUUUCAGUUCUGGGUUUAGGUGUAAAUCUUUUUAUGUCCUAAUUUUAAACAGCAUGAUGUGAUAAUUAAGAAGCCAAGUAUCAUGCAGCAAUUACAGCAAGUCUUAUACAAAACAAGUGCAAUUAUUUAAUACUGAAAUAGAAUUUCUGUCCUAUAAUAAGUAAUUUCUUGAAUUGAGUAUGAAUAUUUCUCAAAUGUUUGACCAAUAGUAUUAUGUUGAACAUUAAAAAACUAGUUGUAGGAUAUAUAUCAUUUAAUAAACAUAGUAUUCCACAGCAUAAUUGGGAGGAUCAAAAUUAGAAAAAGAACUUAGUUCCAGAAUUGGCCUCUCAGACUGGAAUGUUCUAACGCAAAACUCUGCUGCCCACUGCACUAACUGGGAGAUACAGCUUUGCAGUAUUGAAUGAAGAUACUUAUCAUUCAUGCCAACCUGUCUUUCAUUGACACCUUUUUUUCUUUCUGAAAAGAUGUACAGGACAAAAUCCUGCUUGAGACAUUUUUGUACUGUUGGACUGCAAGGAAAUGCAGUGUGGCAUCAAAGUUUGCAAAUUUUGGUUCACCCUGCAUAACAGAUACAUAACCACUCAGAGCCCAUCACUUCAUCCAAAAAUGUGAAUCUUGGCCAAAACUGAACACUGUAACACAGUCAUUAACUGGCUUUGCAGCUCUGGCCAACUGGUACCUUUUAUGAUGUGAUGUUUCAGGUUCACAGGCAUAAACCCACAGACUUCAACAUAUGUUGUUAACCUUGUCAAAUCCAAUAAAGGCAUCAACAGUAAUGAAGUACAAAGUUGCUCUGGGUGCAUUUACUUGAAUUCAAAACAGCAACAAUAUUGUGGGAUUCACAGCAAUGUAUCAAAUUUAUUCGUAAGUUUUGAAAAUGAAUGUU